AUGAAAGAGAGGCUCGAGGACGCAAGCAUUAAGUCAGAAGUUUCAAGCGAGAAACCCAAUGGUGAAGUAUUUGAUUUUCUAGCGCAAAAACCUCAUUUGCCGAAAACUACCACGAAGAUUGAUAUGAGUUCAGUUUUAAGUGGAAUGUCCCUUCCUCGCCCUGCGAAAAAGGGUGGUGGUGAAUCGACGUCAAGCGAACGAAUGGUCGACCCUCAAGCACAGGGAAACGCUUCAAACCAGAUGCGUAACGAUGAUGAAGUUAUCAAACAGAGAGGAUCCGAUGCUCGACAGGAUAACCAGAAUCAUCAAGUUACAGCGAAAGUGGGUCAAUUAAAUGGUACAAACGAAUCUGAAAUGACAAGACCUUUGCAUUACCCGAUGCUGAGCAAUGCCAGACAGAAACGGUCAAGUAUUUACGAAUCGAAGUCCACAGUAACAGCAAUUCCAGUAAGAGCUGCCAGUUCCCAUAAUAAACCCAACUACGCGGAAUUUGACGAUGCCAUUUCUAUUGGCAGUGCUUCGUCUUCACUGACAGCAUCUUUCUCCCGAAGUUUUCUGUUCGGGUUUUAUGGGAAACACAGGAGAGGCGAAAAGGCCGCUAAGGGCAUUCUAUCGAGACAAUACUGGAUGAAAGACGAAAGUGCCAAAGAAUGCUUUUCGUGUGCCAAAGCUUUCAACACAUUUAGACGGAAGCAUCACUGCCGCAUUUGUGGACAAAUCUUCUGUGGAAAUUGUACAUCGCUGGUCGAUGGUGCUAGAUUCAACCAUGAGGGGAAAAUGCGAGUUUGCAAGAACUGUUAUGAACAUUCCGAUAACUACAAUAAUUCAAGCGAGGAAUCGUCUAUAGAGGACACAGACAUUCCACUAGAGGCAAGGCGAAGGGAAAACUCAACAACGUCUACAGGCAUGGCAGGUGACGUUUUUUUGUUGAAUGAUGACGAAGUACAAAGCAUUCUUACUACGGACGACGCUAGAAGAUUCAAAUCAACGCCGACUCCUCCCCCUAAGAUGGCGAUACCUGCAACGCGACAGGGUGCAUCUUUAGAGAUCAGUGUGCCUAGUUCCUUUCCAGCAUCGUCCAGAAACACGAACACAGGUUACGCAUUGAGAACAAAAGAUAGAGCUACUUUGAAAAACAUCGAAACGAUGUCGCCCAUGAAUAGGGAACAUAGCUCUCGCGUUGAUCAUCAUUCACCGAAAAGAGCGCCAUCUUAUAGCAAACUAGCCCAAAAGAUAAGCUUGAAAAAAUCGAUUUCUGGUUACAUGGGUAAUGGUUCCAGUGGGGAAGCCCAUCAUACUAGACACUCCUCCAAUUCAGUAAUUGCGAAUUUGUCCAAUAGCGAUUUCAAGUUUGAAUUCAAUUACAGCGCCAAUAAUUCUAACUCAAGUCAAAACGUUAACAGAGAUUCUCAAAAUCAGCUAGGCGAUAGAUCCGAAUCAACACCCAUGAUAUCUUUGUCCGAAGAAAAAAUAAAGGAUGAUCAUAGGCGCGGAAGCGAAGGUGAAGGGUCAGAAGACGAGGGAUCCAUGUCUUUAUAUGCCACUCUUAAUGAUUUUCAUCACCACGAUCAAAAUCAGAUCAGGUCCCUAAGAAGCUCUACAAAAUCAUUACAGCGUGCACAGGCCUCGCUACAACGCAUGAAGUCCCACAGACGGGGUAAGAGUCGUUCUAAUACGUUGACCAAUUCUGUAGUCUCUGAAUUUGGCCUUUUUAAUAGAAGCGCGCCAAAUCUGCUAUCCGUUGUUUCCAAUGAGAACGACUUCCCGAAAAGUAACGAAUCUGCCCUAGUUGUCAAGCACAAACCAAGAACAGAUGGAUUUUCGUCUCGAGAUAUCAAAAGAGCUGUCUCUUCUUUUUCAGCUUUCAGGUCUGAUGUUCCUAUUAGCAAGAGUGAGCUUAACGAAGUUUCGGCUCUACAUCUGGAGGCGUUACUGAGGCAGGUCUUGAACGAUCAAGAUGUCGAAAAGAGCGAUGAAUGGAUGGUCAUUUUGCGUCCGAUCCUUAAGGAAUUGCAAUUUAUCCACUUAGAUGCAAAUAAAGCCCCGACCAUGGAUUUCAAACAGAAUUAUGUCAAGAUCAAAAGGAUCUGCGGCGCCUCCAUAACGGAUUCUGAAUUUGUGAACGGCGUUGUUUACUCAAAAACAAUUCCAUACAAAUCGAUGCCACGCUUUUUGAAAAACCCAAGAAUUCUCCUCAUUAUGUUUCCUCUGGAAUAUCAGAAAAAUGGGACUCACUUCAUGAGUUUGGAAGCAGUAAUGGCUCAGGAAAAAGAAUUCUUGAAUAAGCUUAUAUUGAGACUGACAUCUUUUAAUCCAGACCUUGUUCUCGUCGGUGCUAAUGUCAGCGGGUAUGCUCUCAAGCUUCUCGACGAAGCUGGUAUCGUCGUUCAGUUUAAUCUGAAGCCACAAGUUAUUGAGAGAAUUUCCAAGCUAACGGAAGCAGAUAUCGCGAUUUCAAUUGAAAAGCUUGCUACGGGAAUAAAGGUGGGUACUUGCGAGAAGUUCGAGGUUAGAACGUUCAUAUAUGAGAACAUCAGCAAAUCCUACACUUUUCUUGAAGGCUGCAAAAGGGCUCUUGGUGGGACAAUCGUUCUCAGAGGCUCAACUACAGAGACGAUGCGUAAAAUCAAAGAUGUCGUCGAGUUCCUUGUAUAUGCUGUCUUUGCAUUGAAGCUAGAAAGUUCAUUUUUCAACGACAACUUCCUACAUCUGUCCAAAGAGUACUACCUUGAAAUACAGAAGAGACGCCUGGAGAGCAAUGCUGCAGGCUAUUUCAAAGAGUUUGUCGAUAAAUUUAACAACCGCAUUCUCUCGGUUUCGCCAACAGUCAUCUUUCCGUUACCGUUCCUCUUGGAAAGGGCGCGAAAUCUAGAAACCGAGCUUUUGAUCAAAGAGAAAGAGGGAAAGCUCACUGAAUCGAAAAGCGAUGACGAUUGGGAGCAGAAAAGCUCAAGUCUUCAAUGUUUGAAUCUCAAAUCUGCCCUUACUCAGCAAGAUUUGGGAUACCUUGCAAAAUUCAUCCAUGAACGAGAGCUAGAAGACCUUUCGGAUCGGUUCAAAUGGAGAAAGCGUCACUGGGAGUUGUCCUAUGCUGCAUCACACAACAUGCUCGGUACAGGAACACACCAAAUUAUCCAUGUCCUAUAUUCAAUGAUUUCAACUAAAACAGCAACACCUUGCAUAGGCCCCCAAUUGGUUAGCAUAGACUAUUUUUGGGACACUGAUAUAUCAAUCGGCCAAUAUAUCAAGAACAUUGUCGCGACUGCUAGCUAUCCUUGUCAACAUGGUUGCGGCAGUUUACUAAUAGACCACUAUCGGAGUUACGUCCACGGGACAGGGAAAGUGGAUGUGCUCAUCGAGAAGCUACAAGGUAGACACCCUGCGUUGAGAAAUCUACUUUUAACAUGGAGUUACUGCAAAAGAUGUGGGACGUCCACCCCGAUCCUGCAAAUGAGCGAAAAGACCUGGAAUUUUUCAUUCGGAAAGUACCUCGAGCUUCUGUUUUGGAGCUCUGAAAAAUGUACUAAUGGUAUUGGAAAUUGUUCGCACGAUUUUGCCAAGGACCAUGUCAAAUACUUUGGCUAUAACGACCUCAUGGUGAGAAUGGAGUAUUCAAAAAUUGAUGUUCACGAGUUGAUUCCUCCACGCAUGAAGGUCACUUGGAAACCGAGCAUCGACAUCAAGCUAAAAGUUGAGCUUUACUACUCAAUUUUGGAUAAGAUCAACAAUUUUUAUGCUAGUGUAUCCGACAGGCUUGAAAGAGUUAAGCUGGAUACGAAACCCGACGAAAUAGCUGUUUCGGGAAAAGAACGCAUUUCUGAACUCAAGCAGAGGGCCGAAAAGGAAAAAAACCGCCUCUUGAACCAGACUGAGGAAAUCUAUCGGAAUCUUCCCGGUGACCAACAUCUCGGUCUCAAUGCAGUGAUUCGGUCACUUCACGAUGAUGCUGCUGGCUGGGAUACUGAGUUCAUAGAUUUCGAAAAAAGUUUCCUGCCCACCGAGAAGGAUAUUGCCAGAAUAACUGCCACCCAGCUGAAGAAACUAUUUAACGACUCGGCGAAAGCAGAUGAUUUUGAAAGUGUGAAGUCAAGUCUCAAGUCACAAAGCAGAGCUGACCGCGACCUUAAGAACGGUGACGAAGUCGACAAUGAAAGAGAAGAGCAUGAGAGCACCAGUCGUAAAAAGUCAAGGUCACAACCAGGUGGUGAUUCUAAUGAUGCCACACAAAGUUUAACCCAAUCCAGCAUAAGACCUCGCAUGUCUCAUCAUUUCACAACCCCGAACCUUGGCGAGCAAAAGCACUUGACAACAACCAACCUGUCGGUGGAUGACAGUUUUGUUGAUGGUAGGCGCUCUGACACUUUUCGCCAUAUAAAUUCUAAUGAAGUGCUUGGGAAAAGCUCGACUAGACCAGCGAGCUUCUCGAAAGACUCGUUAGCGUGUGAUUACCGAAAGAGACUUUCAGGGAGCCCCUCCGAGGUUGAUUACAGACGGUUGAGCGAUAGUAGUGGCAUGAGCGUCCCAACUGCGGGCAGCAGGGACCGUAAUCGCCACACGAAGGUGGGACAACUUGCGACCUUUUUCGACCAAAUGCACUUUGAUGCCUUGUCAAAAGAGUUCGAGCUUCAAAGAGAGCUUGAACGUAUGCAGCUUAACAAGGACAAAUAUAAGGCUCUUCGAGUUGAAUCGUCGAGACCAAUUGUUGAAAUAUAUAAGAACGCAAAGGAUGCUGUUGAUGAACCUCUCCACGUGGAUACAAAAGCUAAAAGUACGAAGAACGGGGGAUCAAAAUUUGGCCUAGGGAGAUCGUUGGUAAGAGAUGGGGUCAAUUUGGGAUCGAUUGCCUACCUCAAUUCAAACUAUGAAUUGGAAACAGAAUUAGAAAACUCAAUCCAUCAAUGGGGACGGCGAAUUUUAGACGAGGCUACGAGCAAAGAAAAUGAUCUUACUGAGGAUGCUCCGGCUAGUGGAUCUCGUAAGUCCGAGCAACCUCUGCCUCCUAUAAUAACCACAACUACGGCAAACAAAGACACAUCAGGCUUCGAUACCCAGUCAGAAAAGUCAUCGCUCAUGAAAAUCUUGACGAAUUUUUGGGCCGACAGAGCAGCAACACUUUGGAAACCCCUUCAUUAUCCAACGACUUCAACAGAACAUAUCUUCGUUGACAGUUUAGUCAUUAUUCGUGAAGAUGAGUUGAGUUCUCUAAUAGCUUUUUGCUUGAGUUCUACUGAUUAUCUUCAAAAAAUGAAGAAGCUGCGCUCAAGAGAUACUUGCAACGCAAGGGAGCCAGACGCUCAAGGAUCCAAUCCCUUGAAAUUCGAGAACCUAGAAGGGACUGGGAAAGCAAACUCGACACAUCGUGUGGCAUCAACCUCUUCAGUUUGUUCGUCUGAAGAUAUGGAGGAAAAGGCGGAGGAAACUGCGGUUGAUGCUACUCAAUCUGCCCCGGAUAUAAAGGAGUCCAAGAGUGAAGAUUUAGAAACAAGAAUGACCAAAAAAACGGCGCUUCAUCUGAGAUAUCAGUUUCAAGAUGGCAAUACUGUCAUGUCAUGCAAGAUAUUUUUUGCAGAACAAUUCGAGGCUUUUCGCAGUGUCUGUGGCUGUGAAAGAAAUUUCAUUCAAAGUCUUUCCCGGUGUAUUAAAUGGGAUUCGAGUGGCGGGAAAAGUGGGAGCGCUUUUCUGAAAACUCUGGACGACAGAUUCGUUAUAAAGGAACUUUCACACACGGAAUUAGAUUCUUUCAUCAAAUUCGCUCCCAGCUAUUUUGAAUACAUGGCCCAAGCAAUGUUUCACGACCUGCCUACGGCCUUAGCGAAGGUAUUCGGAUUUUAUCAGAUUCAGAUCAAAAAUUCAGAGACCACCAAGAGCUUCAAAUUAGAUCUUAUCAUCAUGGAGAACCUAUUCUAUGAGAAGAAAAUGACGAGAAUAUUCGAUUUGAAAGGUUCUAUGCGCAAUCGUCACGUUGAACAGACAGGUAAAGAGAACGAAGUUCUCCUUGAUGAAAAUAUGGUCGAAUACAUUUUCGAAUCGCCAAUAUUUGUCAGGGAAUAUGACAAAAAGCUUUUACGCGCUUCUUUAUGGAACGAUACUUUGUUUUUGGCAAAAAUCAAUGUUAUGGAUUAUUCAUUAGUAGUUGGAGUCGAUAAUGAGAACCUGAAUCUGAUAGUUGGAAUCAUUGAUUUUAUAAGGACGUUUACGUGGGAUAAAAAGCUUGAAAGCUGGGUCAAGGAGAGAGGAUUUGUCGGAGGAGGUACGAAAGAACCUACUGUGGUUACUCCACGACAAUAUAAAAACAGGUUUAGAGAAGCCAUGGAUCGUUACAUACUAAUGGUUCCAGAUCCUUGGUAUCAAGAAGCGUAUCCAAAUUAA